UUCAACUUUCAACAUGGCGGACGGAGACAACGCACUUUCAGAACUGGGAGCAUUGACGAGAAAACUAAAUUACUCAAAAAAUUCGUGGACUGAGGUUAAAGCUACGUUGGAAAGACUUAAGACAUGGGCGGUGGCUGAAGAAAACAGAUUUAUGGUAUCAGAGACGAAUAUUUUGCAGAUGAAAGAUAUUAUAACGGCCUGUAAAAAUAGCAUGUGUGCACAAACAGGUGAAUUAGAAGAAAAUCAGCUGAUCCUUUGCCUUAGAGCUUCAGCAGAAGCUUUUAGAUUCCUGAGAAACUGCUGUGCGGCAACACCCAAGAAUCAGAACAGUAUAGUAUCGUUAGGAGUUAUCGAGGAAGUACUUAAUACAAAUGUGCUUUUGCUAAAACCAAAGUUCCAAGAGAAUGAAAGAGCAUCAGAUGCAGUUAAUGAUGCUGUAAAGAGUAGUCUUCAGCUUCUGGGAAACACAGUGGUGAAAAAUGAUGCUACUCAGCAGUUUGUAUGGAAUAUGUGCUUCCCAAACUUCUUCUUGAGUGUGCUGUCUUCAGUUAAUCGCAACAUACAGGACUGCUUGUGCAUGAUUAUUUACAACUGCUUGAAUGAGCAGCACAGGAUUCAGCUAGUAAGUGCUCAUGAUGGACUCAAGAUGAUCACCCAUGUUAUACAUUUGUGUGCUGAAAAGUCUCAACUUGAAUGGGGGUAUUUUAUAUUAGAUUAUUUGAUCUGCAAUGCACUAUUACCUGAGAUAUACAAAGGAAUUGAAUUUGAUCCAUUAGCUAGGAUAAUCUUACUAGACUUGAUUCAAGUCAAAAUAACAGAUGCUUUAGAUGAGCCAAGUAUCAAAUUAAGAGAAGAACAUGUGAAACAUGGUUUUUAUACAGACUCCUUAGCUUACAUUGCUGAUGAGUUUGAAAAGCAGGCUGAAGACAUUAUACAACAACUACAACAGCUGAGUCCAUCAUCUGAUGACUUUUUUCAGGUCUUGAUCAUUACGCGGCUGUUAAGUGUAUUAUCCAUUGGCACAGGACUACAAUCAAACCUCACUGGUCUACAAGAAAGAACCCCAUUACUUACCACCUGUGUAGGCUUAUUAAAGGAGACUACUAAUUCAGAGGUAAAGGAAACUUUCAGCAAUGCACACUCCAUACCACAAGGUGUAGACUCUGGGAAACUGAGUCCUAGUCACGGCUUUCAGAGAGAUCUAGUGCGAGUCAUAGGGAAUAUGUGUUACAAACAUGCAGCCAAUCAGAACAAGGUACGUGACCUAGGAGGAAUUCCAUUACUACUGGAUCACUGUAAUGUGGAUGAUCACAAUCCUUUCAUCUGUCAGUGGGCCAUCUUUGCAAUCAGAAACCUCUUAGAGAAUAAUAAAGAAAACCAAAGAAUUGUUUCAGCCAUGGAUUGCCAAGGGCUAGCUGACACUUCACGGCUAAGAGAGCUGGGAGUUGAGGCUGUUGAAUUAGACAAUGGGAGAAUCAAACUUGUUCCAAUUAAAAAAAAUUCAUAAUUAAUCAUAAAGUUA